AAAACCGUCGUUAUGAUGAAUUAGAAAACAAACUAUUUGAAGACCAAGAAAGAACCAAAAUUCUUAAUCUGAAAUUGGAAGAAGUUCAUUUGGAACGUAAUGAUGAACGCCAUUUAGCAACAAAUCUUAGAAACAAAAUUAUUGAUUUAGAAAAUAAAAAUAGGGAAUUAAGAUCGAAAUUGUUAUCAUGUGGUUGUGGACAUUUUUUAAAUCUUGCAUUACAUACUCGUUUAAAACAUAAAACAACUACCGGAAAAUACGCUGCUCUUGUUGAAAGAACCAGAAAUUUAUAUAAAAAUAAUAAAAAAAAUAUUAUAGAUUUAUUGUUGCGACAAGGUGAAAUCCAUGAUCUCACUUCUGAAAACGACGAAGAAAUUGAAAAUAUUGAUGUUGCUGAAUCGCCGGAUUUAAAACGCGGUGAACAAACAAAAACGAAAGGAAAAGAACGAGAAAAUGAGUUAAGAAGAGAAAGUCCGACUAAUGAAGAUGACGAUGGUGAACCAGAUUUAAAAGAAAUGAGAUCUGAAAAAGUGUUAAGAAGCGAAAGUCCGACUAAUGAAAAUGUCUGUAUUAACGUUAAAGGGGUAAAGAAACGGCUGUUUAAAGAUAUUAAUGUUGAGGGAGAUGGUUUAGAAG